GACAACAUAGAGGAUUUUAAAAUUGAGAUGAACGGUCCAAAAUAUUUCCUCCCUUGGUGAGUGAGGGUUAGAACUUUUCGAAGGUGAAGAGAGUGUGCAUCUGAAUAUGGAGAACAGUGAAGUGUUGAAAGCAACAGAGACACAAAAGCUAAUCAAUCGUCAUGGUAACCUAGUCACUGCUUCCAGCGAUGAAAACCUCAAAGACAUUUUUCACCAUAUCAGAACUUCCAAAUCCGCGGCGGUUAUCAAUUUUGGUGCAUCCUGGUGCCAUGCUUGUGGACAGAUCCUGCCUUCAUUUAACAAGUUAAGCAACAAGUUCCCAAAACUGUCUUUCAUAUAUGCAGAUAUAGACGAAUGCCCAGAAACAACUCAGCAUAUCCGAUACACUCCAACUUUUCACUUCUUUAGAGAUGGUGAACGCGUUGAUGAGAUGUUUGGUGCCGGUGAAGAAAGGUUGCAUGAUCGCCUCUGGCUGCAUUCCGACUCCUAA